UGGAAAAUUCGAUGUGUGUUUUUCGACUUUUCUGAGCGAGCGAGCGUUGUUUUGUACUGCGGUGAUUUUGAUAUAGAAAUUGACUGGAAAAUCGGUGUUAUUUAUAACUCAAUUUAUUAAAUUGCGAAUAAUAGAAAGCAAGAGUGUCUUAUAAAAGUGGUUAUUUGAGAAAUAGAAAGUGAUUACAGCCCAGGGAAAGUUUUGCAUGAGAAGCAAAAGCGAUGGUUACAUGUGUGCGUGUGCGAUGAAAGAAAAAAGAAAGAGCCAAUAAACGAAUGGAAAGAAUAGGAGCCGACCAAGGGAGAAUCACCAAAACCGUCAACAGCGCUGACUACGACGACGGCGACGACGACAACGUAGCACUAGUAGAAAUGUUAUAAUGAAAAUUAUAAUAACACACAUUUAUUAAAUGCGACGCACAAUUGUCUUACAGACAAAUGUAGCUGAUUACCAGCAAAGAAGCACUGUGCAAACAUUUAGCGCAUGAAAUAUACACAUGCUUAUUUUUAAAACUGCUUGCUUAGUACUGGAUGGAGCUGCAGUAAAGCAGAAAAAAAAUUUGCUGAGCACGGAAAAGGGAUACAUAGGUGUUCUCGAACACACGUUCACAUAUCCGUGACCUGCAGAUGCAGAUUAUUUCUCGAUACUUAAAAAAAAUUAGGGUACCAAGAGCUAAUAAACGCCAGGUAAUAAACGAGAAUUUACAUACAUAUAGAGGUAAACAAAACAGGAUUUCAAAAGCCAAGAAUCGCCUCAGGUAGCACAGGAAAUAAAAUUUACGAAAAAUACAGUAGUUAAGUAUUAAUUCGGAAGUCGCUUUGAACAGAUUACAUACUCCUAAAAUGUGGAAUUCCGAUUCGCGUUCACCGAAUGGUGUAGCCACCUCAUCCGCGGGUUCGCCCAGUUAUGGAAGUUAUAAUUCCAAUAACGGUAAUGGUAAAAAUGGUUCACCGCAUGCGCAACAGCAGCAACAACCGCUUCUUAAACAGCUAGGCAUGACUUCCGCUAUCAGUUUGGCUGAGCCUCGUUCUGAAGAUUUGCAAAAAACAGAAGAACUGCGCAAAGCAUUGGAACCAUUUAAAGUGUUUGAAAGUCAAGAUGAACUCAAUCAUCGUAUGGAGAUUUUAGCAAAGCUCAAUACUCUUGUCAAGCAAUGGGUUAAAGAUGUCUCAAUGGCAAAGAACAUGCCCGAGGUAGCUGCUGAGAAACUAGGCGGCAAAAUUUAUACUUUUGGUUCAUAUCGUUUGGGUGUACAUCAUAAGGGCGCCGAUAUAGAUGCGCUCUGUGUGGCACCACGUAAUAUUGAAAGAACAGAUUAUUUUACUUCAUUUUUUGAACUGCUAAAAAUGCAAUCAGAAGUGACGGAAUGUCGUUCAGUGGAGGAGGCAUUUGUUCCAGUUAUUAAAAUGAAUUUCGAUGGCAUUGAAAUUGAUUUGUUAUUUGCGCGUCUAUCACUCAAAGAGAUACCAGACGACUUCGAUUUACGAGAUGAUAAUCUACUUAAAAAUUUAGAUCCACGUUCGGUGCGCAGUUUGAACGGCUGUCGUGUGACCGAUGAAAUAUUGGCGCUAGUGCCGAAUAUAGAAAAUUUUCGCUUAGCGCUGCGCUCCAUUAAAUUGUGGGCGAAAAAACAUGGCAUUUACUCUAAUUCUUUGGGCUACUUCGGUGGUGUGACGUGGGCUAUGCUGGUGGCGCGCACCUGUCAGCUCUAUCCGAAUGCAACAGCCUCUACGCUUGUGCAUAAAUUCUUUUUGGUAUUUUCACGUUGGAAGUGGCCGAAUCCUGUGCUGCUAAAGCACCCUGACAAUGUUAAUUUACGGUUUCCAGUUUGGGAUCCACGCGUAAACGCUUCGGAUCGUUAUCACCUAAUGCCCAUCAUUACGCCGGCAUAUCCACAACAGAAUUCCACAUUUAAUGUAUCGGAGUCAACAAAGAAAGUUAUACUUAAUGAAUUUAAUCGCGGUAUGAUUACCACAGAUGAGAUCAUGCUUGGGCGCGCUACAUGGGAUCGACUAUUCGAAGCACCCAGCUUCUUUUACAAAUAUCGUCACUUUAUCGUGCUUUUAGUUACAUCGCAAACUGGUGACGAUCAGCUGGAGUGGUGUGGCUUAGUCGAGUCAAAGAUUCGUCUAUUAGUUGGAAAUCUCGAGCGUAAUCAACACAUUUCGUUAGCACAUGUAAAUCCGUCAUGUUUUGAUUUUAAGAAAAUCGCUCCCAAUACACAAAAUAACAGCGGUAACGAUGAUGAAAAAACACAAACCAAUAGCAAUCCACCAGUUUGUACAUCGCCAUUUUGUUCGAUGUGGUUCAUUGGUUUAGAAUUUGAACGCACAGAGAACUUGAAUGUGGAUCUCACUGAGAGUAUUCAAAAUUUCACAGAACAUGUUAUACAGCAUGGAGUAAAUAUAAAAAUGCUUAAAGAUGGCAUGCAUAUAGAGGCGCGGCAUGUGAAGCGUAAAUCUCUUUCGCAGUAUUUGGAUACGGACUUUUUGAAGCGUGAACGCAAGUCUAUGGAACAACAUAACAAUUUCAAUAACUCAAUUUUAGCUAAUCGUAAGCGUUUAUCGACGGAGCUGUCAACACAAACUAAAAAGACGCGAUUGAGUGAAUCGCAAACGGAAGAAAACUCAAAUACGAGUGAUACUGGUGACACAACGCCGACCACUCAGCCUACUACGGCGCCGAAUUUCACACCCGAUGGGAAGACCAACAAAAAUGGUGGCUCUGGCUCUAAUUCGCCACGUAACAGCAUUGACAACAAUAACAGCAGCAGCAGUAGUGUCAAUGUCAACAACCAGAAUCAGAGUAGUAAUAGUAAUAUCAACAGUAGUAGUAGCAGCAGCACACCGGCUGCAACUGCCGCAGCUACCGCGGAAGUGGCCUGCUCGUGACCGACGCUAAGUACAGCACCGAA